AUCAAUGACGGAAGAAGAAAAAUGGAGGCGGCAGUGUUCAUUCUGUCACUGGUGGACUGCUGUGCACUGAUUUUCCUCUCGGUGUACUUUAUCAUCACCCUGUCUGAUCUAGAAUGUGACUACAUCAACGCCAGAGCCUGCUGCUCCAAGCUGAACAAAUGGGUAAUUCCAGAGAUGGUGGGCCAGUGUCUCUCCACCAUGCUGAUGCUGGUCUCCAUGCACUGGUUCGUCUUCCUGCUCAACCUGCCUGUAGCAGCCUGGAACAUUUAUAGGUACGUGAAGGUUCCCAUGGGAAACAUGGGCGUGUUUGACCCCACUGAGAUCCACAACCGAGGGCAGCUCAAGUCCCACAUGAAGGAGGCCAUGAUCAAACUGGGGUACCACCUGCUCUGCUUCUUCAUUUACUUGUAUAGCAUGAUCCUGGCUCUGAUCAACGACUGAAGAACCUAGCGGGGGGCCAAAAUCCAAACUCCAGGCUCUGCUGCCCCCCCCCCCCCCCCUACAUCCUGCUCCUGUACUGUAUCCAUACAGUCUUUCAGAACAGCUCAGAGAAGUUUUUCUCUCACUGGUUUACUGAGCUUUGAUUUGAAAUGACAGACCUGAUUUAAUAAAAUGCAACGGUUAAUAUUUAAAAUAAACACUUCAUAACAAAAUCUCCUACAACUAGAGACUGUAUUGUGAUGGAAUCACACCAGCCUGAAGCAAAAUCCAGACUCAUGGGGUGAACAACAACUAGGCCUGUUGUGUGCAUUGAGUUGCUUUCACAUGAUUGAUGGUGACUGACUGAUGAUGACAUACACACGAAGAUGUACCUGAUGAGGGGGCUACUGAGUGUGUAUUCUGAUAUUCUGAGCUGUGGUACAUCCUGGCUGCUGGCCCUCUAUCAGCCAAACCUGACAUAAAGCAGCAGUGAUUAACUUCCUGCCCGGGCUUUAAAGACCAGCUGUUUGAAAUCAGUACGAUGUGUAACUCCUCCAAUCAGUGUGUGAGCUGCUUAGAUGCAUGUUUAAUUUAUCUUGACAUUUUUAAGAAGAAUACUGGAGGUCUUAACUGAUGUACUUUCUGUCUCCGACUCCAUAACAAAGACAUCGUGGGCCAGUAGGGUCUCUCUGUUUGGCCUUUCAAAUAGUAACAAAGUAAAAGAAAAGGCAAAAAAGUCAUCAACAGAUAAAAAAAUAAAAAAAAACUGGUAGGAAGAAGCCAUAGGACAACAUUGAGUUUAGGAUCCUACUCACUGGGCCUUUAAGAAGAGAUUUUAAAAGAAACUGAAUUGGUGAGUGCGUGAGACGGAGCUUUAAAAUGUCCCACAGCUGAUCAGCUGACUGAAGGCCAUUCCUAAUGAUUCUCAUAAUUUGUCAUCAUUUCUGGAUGUCUCUUCAUGCUGUGCUUCAGUGUUCUGAUCUGUUGCUCCUUUUUCCUUAAUUGGCGUAAUUGGUAAAAAUGUUGAAAUCAGAGAUUUAGUGUAGUAUUAAAGUGUAGAGAGAAUAGUUAUUGUUCACCAAUGAGACUGUUCUGAGACUUAUUGCAUACAGCCAGGAGCAUCACACUCCUCCCUGAUCGCCAGCUCAGCCCACACACACACACACACACACACCAUCUGAUUAAUAUUCAGUCAUAUUUAUGUAUGAGGAGCGUCGCUCUGUGUGGGUGGUCUGUGGGACGUCCCCUCACAGAGCUGGAUGCUGUCUGCACUCGGGGGUCAAGUGUUCUGUUCUGUUUGGAAAGCCUGUGUGUUUCUGACGGCUGUUGUGUUAAAUCUGAGUUUCAUUUUGAAUCAUUGAAUUUGACCUCAGUCAUGCACUGAUGUAACUGACUUUGCAUUGAACGCACUGUACUGUAUGUUAAUGUUCCCUGAGCAGCGGGGUCUCACGCCCUGACUGACUGUAUUAUGAAGGGGGGGGGGGGGUACUGUUAGUGAACAAGUUCCUGUUUUAUUCACACAACUGUCUAUCUAUUUUUGGGGUCGGGGUGUUUCAUAAAUAAAAGUGAAAGACAAGUGUGA